GGACGACCGUUCGCGGGAAACACACCCCGAAGAAAGGAUACCACCAGCUUAUGAUCCGACCAGCUUCUUCUUAAUUUCAGAUCGUCUCUUCUCUGGAACAUGGGCAUGUUUUUCCGCUCCAUUGUUGACAGAGGAGUGGGCAGACGGAGGCAGAACGCACUCCUUGCAGAGUCUUGCUCCAGGAUCCCUUUCACCUUGCUGGAGGACUACCAGUGUGUCCGGCAUGAUGAGCACAUCUCGUAUGGGAACAUGGGCGACUCGGUGCCACCGUUUGGACUGGCCUUCUCCUCUGCUUCGCAGCUGCAGAACGUUCUCGCAGCAGCAAACGAAGAAGGGAUUGUUAGGAUCUACGACACAGAGAGCCGUGAAAACCCUCUUCUCAAAGAAUGGCUGGCUCAUGAGAACGCUGUCUUUGACAUUGCGUGGGUACCAGGGGAGCCUCAGCUGGUGACUGCUGCAGGUGAUCAGAUGGCCAAGCUGUGGGAUGUGCAAACCGGAGAGCUGUUAGGCAGCUUUAAAGGCCACCUCUGCAGCCUCAAAUCUGUUGCAUUCGCUCCGGGGGAAAAAGCUGUUUUCUGCACCGGAGGCAGAGACGGAAAUAUUAUGGUCUGGGAUAUCAGGUGCAGCCAUAAAGGUACAGAUGGUUUUUACAAGCAGGUGAAACAGAUCAGCGGCGCUCACAACAAACCUGAAACCAACCCUCCUGCUAAAGUGAAGAAGAGGCGGAGCAGCGUGCGUGGCAUGGCGCCCAGCGUGGACUCCCAGCAGAGUGUAACAGUGGUUUUGUUUCGGGAUCAGCACACACUCAUCUCCUCUGGGGCUGUCGAUGGAGUAAUAAAGAUGUGGGAUCUGAGGAAAAGCUACAGCCCGUGCCGCCACGACCCCGCCCCUCUGCAGACGUACCCGUACGCCGGCUCCUGCACACGCAUGCGUCUGGGCUAUUCUGGUCUCGUUCUGGACUCCUCGAGAUCCAACGUCAUGUGCAACUGCACGGACGACAGCAUCUACAUGUUUGACGUUUGUGGGAUAAAAACCUCUCCAGUGGCAGUUUUCAGUGGACACCAGAACUCCACGUUUUACGUCAAAUCCACCAUCAGCCCCGACGACCGGUUUCUGUCCAGCGGCUCGAGUGACAACCACAUAUAUGUUUGGAAGAUUUCUGAUCCCAAACGUCCUCCCAUGAUGCUUCAGGGUCACAGCGAGGAAGUGACAUCUGUUGCAUGGUGUCCGACAGAUUUCACCAAAAUUGCUUCCUGCUCCGAUGAUCACACUGUCCGAAUAUGGCGGCUUCACCGGAAAACUGAUGAUGCACAGUCAUCGGUGGGGGAGGCUAACCUCGUAGGCUGGACGCAUGCUAAAUCUCCCACAAUGCCCUCAGUCCAAGCUGAAACAACCCCGGCCAGGUCCCAGAGGAUGGAGAGUCUUGGAGGUCUGGCCUCCCCCCAGCUUGCUGUUUGUGCCCCCAGUGGAGCUGCUCUGCCUCUGCCCUCCAGCACCACAUCGCCCAUCCUGUCCAAGCCAGCUGGUUUUCAGCAGAGGGCAUCAUCUUCUAUCAAACAGUGGCUCUCUCCGACCCAAGGGUCUUCCGGAUCUCUGCCGCACGAGGUGGUGGUCCCGUGUCUUCUAAACUCGCGGAGCAGCGCCUCCGCAGCCGAGCAGCGGUUCAAACGCCGGCUGGGCGCCGACGACGGCUCACCUGCACGCUGCGAGGACACCGCGCAGAGCGGCCGCAACACUGAAAUCUGCCCUGCGGCCAAGAGGAGCCGCGUCAUGUCCGGCGUCCUCUCCUCCCUUCAGGAGAGCUCAGACUGUCACACAGAGGACGGCCAACAAGCUGCCGCCAGGCGGGCUGGGAAGGAGAACUGCAGCCCCACAAACUGGCUGUCAGAAAUGAGCCAAAAGAUGAAGAACAGUCAUGAAGGUCCCAUCUUACUGAAAAAACAUGAUGUCAGGACGCAUACUUCACCAAUUCUCCGCUCUCCACACAACACGAAGAAAAUCCCCAUGUAUUUUACAAAAAAGCUUCCCGAAUGAUCUGGUGUGCGCUAAUGAGAUGCUACGCUAAUGUUUGGAGUGUUCAUUGUUUUUAACCAGGGUUGCACAGAAGUUGACAUAACUGUCAGUCUGAAUGUUUAUUUUGAUUUUGACAUUCAGACGUGUUUUUUUUUUAAUCUAGAAUUUUAAUAGAAACUUGAAUUUUGCCCUCGCCUCCCACACUAACUUCUGAUGCCUGAUUCUGGCUUAGAAAUUAAUCUGCUGAGUAAAUCAGCCAGUUCUCUCCAAUCCAACAACUUUAAAAAGUACAAUAACUUUGUGUUUUUAUAGGUUAUACAGAACUUUUACCACAUCUAGGGGGCAUUUUUAACUCUAUAUUUGUUCUUCUUUCUAUAUUUAAUCAUUUUUAUCUUUUUACUCGGUUCUGUGUGUAAAAAAAUUUCUUGUUUUGUUUAUUUCUCGCACAGUUUUGAACUUUUCCAUUAGUGUUCUGCUGUCGGUUUGUUACAUUGACCGUGAGCUGUUUAUAUGUACAAAAAAACCCAUAGAAUGUUGAUUGGUUUAUCUGUAUUUAAUUGCCAUCUAAUUGCUGUAGUCAAAUUAGAUUAAAUUUAUAAUUUUUUCGGUG